GUUAUUAUCGUGUGAUGUAUUAUCGAUUGUAUGAAAUUAAAUUAAUGAUUGAGAUGUCGUGCGGCGGCGGCGACGAGUUUUGCUGCUAGAUGAGGCGAUAAGUGAGGUAAAAAUAGGAACGGGAGACGCGUUUCGAUUAGGUAAAGAAUCCAAUUUGAUAGUUUCAUGUGAAGGAAGCGAAAGAAGGAAAGAGAAGAAAAAAACGCUCAGGCGAUCAUCGCAGGUAUUAAGUAAAUAUUGUAUCCUCGUCGACGCACCGCAUCGUCUAUCUAUCUUCAUUUGUUAUCCGCCGCCGCCAACUGGAACUAAGCGAACAUGGUGAUCAAGCAUCAAGUCGUCGGGUACGAGCAGUUCGUGGAGCACAUGAAGCAGUACACCAAGAAGGAUCUCGUUUACGUCUAUUACUGCGGCUCCAAACUGCCAUCGGGCGAGAGCUGGUGCAUCGAUUGCGUCCGAGCGUGGCCGGUCAUCGAGCCGAAACUGUCGUUGGCCGACGAAAGCGCGCACUUUGUCUACGUGGAAUGCGGCGAUAGGGCCUUCUGGAAGGAUAUGAAAUGUCCGUUCAGGAAGGAUCCUUCCACGAAGUUGAUGGUUCUGCCGACGUUGGUCAAGUGGAAGCAGCCGGAGAAGCUCGAAGGCGAUCAGUGCGAGAAGCCGGAUCUCGUCGAGAUGCUCUUCUCAGACGAUUAAUCAAUCAAUUAAUUAAUUGUUACCUAAGAAAUAAGCUUAUAUAAUACAAAAAAACGAUAACAUUAAAC